CAGACCAUUCAUCGUCACAUCUCGGACCCCCAGGUCUCAUGCGGCAUAGAUGGCGUCCGGAGCUCGCGUUUUGAGUCGUUUUUACGUCUCUCACGCUCUGAGCACCUGGAACUCACGAACCUUCGAGUUUGCUGCCGUUCUGUUCCUCGCGAAAAUCUUCCCUGGGACGCUCCUCUACGCGUCGUUCUACGCCCUGCUCAGAGCAGGCGCUGCCGUUCUGCUCUCGUCAUGGACCGGACGCUGGGUCGAUGGAUUGAACCGGCUACGUUGUGUGCAGGCUAGCGUCAUCUGGCAGCGUAUCCCAGUCGCAUUCUCCUGCCUAGCAUUUGUGGCGCUAUUUAUGCUACGGGACAGCAAGGUCCCCGGGCUGGAAUGGGGCCUUUUUGGCCUAGCCGUGCUGUUAGCGUGCGUGGAGAAGCUGGCAUCAAUCACAAAUACCGUAUCUAUCGAACGAGACUGGGUUAUCGUGAUCUCUAAUGAAUUAGGUGCAGAACGCGAGGAUCUGAAUGCGGUCAUACGCCGAAUCGACCUUGUGGCUAAGCUCCUGGCGCCAGUGUUUGUCUCAAUUGUCGAUGAAUACUCGACCUCAGUUGCUCUUUGGGUGGUCUUUGGACAGAAUAUUCUGUCCGCGGCUAUCGAACACCUCACUAUCGCGCAAGUCUAUCAAGCUGUGCUUGGUUUAUCUAAUGGAUUGUCGGUGGUCGGCCCCGCUGAAGCAAUCGCUCUGACUGCCAUUCAACCUGCGGAGAUGCACGCAGAGGCUGAAGGCAUUUUGCCCUCCCGUGUGAUAAGGCCAAGGAUAACGACUAGCGCGCUUCGAGAUCUCGUGCAGCCUUGGGUCGAGUAUUACCGAAACACGGCUAUGCUCGGGUCCCUCUCGCUGAGCAUUCUCUAUCUCACUGUGCUUUCCACGGGCGUCCAGAUGCAGGCUUAUCUGUUCACGCUCGGCUUUAAUUCCAUCGAAGUCAGCCUGAUGCGCUUCGCCGCUGUCAUCGUAGAACUUCUUGCGACAUGGGCUGCGCCAAUUCUCAUGCGCAAGAUUGGACCUGUCCGGGCGGCACUAUGGUUCAUCAAUGAACAGCUGGUUUGCAUCGGCAUGUCGGUGGCACUAUACCUCGCGGCUUCUGCAGAUACCAGAGAUGCCGGAUUCAGUCUCAUAGGCGGUGUUACAUUCAGUCGCCUUGGGUUAUGGGGAUUCGAUCUCUGCGUACAGUAUCUCAUCCAAGAAGAGACACCUGCGCACACCCGUGGCCAGUUCUCCUCUACCGAGAUGGCCUUGCAAAAUCUGUUUGAGCUGCUGUCGUUUGGCACGACAGUCGUCUUUGCCCGCCCAGAGCAAUUCAAGUUUCCAGUAAUCAUCAGUAGCGCCGCGGUCGCAGUCUCCGCUUUUCUCUUUGCCUUCUUUGUGCGGAAACGCAGAGGCCACUUGUUCCACGUUUCACCCUGUUUCGUUGUAGACGAAUACGAGAAGCUACCCCAAGAUGAGGCGACAGCUCGCGCAGAAGAAUAGCGGCGGCAGGUUCGGACGAAGGGUGUGGCGGUAAUUGCGAAACCGGAAAUCCACAGUCUCCCGAAAAUUCCCGUGUCGUCAGAAUUACCCUGCAUGAUGUAUACCUGGAUAUCAUAAUCGUGAUUCAUAUUACUUGCU